CCGACUAGGUGCAGCGUUGGCGCAUUUGGAGCUGAAAAAUAUAUGACGAUGGCCUCAGCAACAGAUGCUCGCUAUGGACAGAAGGAGUCUGCCGACCAGAACUUUGACUAUAUGUUCAAGAUCCUGAUCAUCGGCAACAGCAGCGUGGGAAAGACCAGCUUCCUGUUUCGCUAUGCCGACGACUCAUUCACCCCAGCCUUCGUCAGCACCGUGGGGAUCGACUUCAAGGUGAAGACCAUCUACAGGAACGACAAGAGAAUCAAGCUGCAGAUCUGGGACACAGCUGGACAGGAGCGAUACAGAACCAUCACCACGGCCUACUACCGAGGAGCUAUGGGCUUUAUCCUGAUGUACGACAUCACCAACGAGGAGUCAUUCAACGCUGUGCAGGACUGGUCGACGCAGAUCAAGACGUACUCCUGGGACAACGCACAGGUGCUGCUGGUGGGGAACAAGUGCGACAUGGAUGACGAGAGGGUGGUGGCCGCCGACAGGGGGCGGCAACUCUCCGAACACCUGGGGUUUGAGUUCUUCGAGGCCAGUGCCAAAGACAACAUCAACGUGAAGCAGACCUUUGAGCGGCUGGUGGACAUCAUCUGCGAGAAGAUGUCCGAGAGUCUGGACGCCGGGGACCCCGCCGUGACGGGGGCCAAACAGGGUCCCCAGCUCACCGAGCAGCCAGCGGCCCCACAUCAGGACUGUGCAUGCUAAAAACAACAACAACAACAACAACAACAACAACAACAACAAACACUCCCAGUGUACACAGGCACUCAUGCAUACAGCCAUGUAUAGGCACCUCUGCACACACACGAUCACAUCCACCAUCUCUGCCAGGCUCCCCCUCACCUUUCUCCCUUGGCUAGCGCGCGCGGAGCGAUAGCGCCGGAAGAAAGAAACGGUUUCUUUAUGAUGUGCUCUUCGUCCCAGUCUGUCUCCCAUCCACCCUGUUUUUUUUAUUUGCUCAGAGAAAUGGCGUAGUCACUGCAUUCGCUCGUCUUGCGUCAGCAUUCCUUGGCCUUUGUGGAAGACAAAGAAAGCCAUAUGUCUGAUUGGUUUGGUUUUUAGGGGGUUAGUAAAUAUGGAGAAAUAUGCUGAAAUUUAGACCAACAGAGUCAGUGGAAUGCACAUUUUUAUCGACCUUCAUUCUUACUGCCUUUCAAGCACCUUCAGUUGGUUUUAGUUUUCUUUAAACUAUAUUUUUGUAUUUUUCUGUGUGGUUUGUGUGUGUGUGUGGGUGUGUGUGUGUGUGUGUGUGUGUGUGUACGUGUGCGUGUUUCUUUAUUUCAGCUAAACUUGUGGCAUAGAAAAUAUGAACAAAUAGAUACGUAAAUUAGAGAACACAUAUAUCUUUAUAUAUUUAUUUCAAGGUGUGUAUAUACAUUGUGUAUGUUAUAGAUGAGAUCCGUCUAAAAUGAACUUUCAGAACAACAGAUAAGUAACUGUCCGUAAGACCAUGACUGGUUUUUGCAAGCUGUUUUUGCCACCUUAAUGACUUACCAAAAAUCGUACAUAGUGCAAUAUGUGCAGCUUUCUCAGAUAGGCUUUCAAAGAUUAGCUGGAACAUAUUGACUAAUAGAUGCACCUAGCGAUGCAUAUUUGCAUGGGGAGAUAUCAAGCUUUUUCUGCAGUGUAAAAACCCUACUAAAUCUAAGAUCUGUAUUUAAAAAAAAAAAAAACGAUUUUUAACGAUUUUAGCUGUUUCCAAUCAGGCUCAUCUCUCUCUGUGCUCGCCAUUAAUGACAUGUUGUGUGUGGCCUGCCCGGUCCAUUACUGACAUGUUGUGUGUGUGGCCUGCCCUGUCCAUUACUAACGUGUUGUGUGUGGCCUGCACUGUCCAUUACUAACGUGUUGUGUGUGGCCUCCUGAUUGACCUGAGGGCUUGUGUGCUCUCUCCAUUGUGGUGAUUGUUGUGAUAUCCUGCAGCGACGCGAGUAAGAUGACGGACCUGAUUCCUGUACGUUUAGAACGAGAGAAUUAUUGGCAUGUUAACAGGUUACUUUAUUUGCAUUGCGACUUUUAUUUGCUAAUAUCAUUGAUUUGUGUCACCUUUGAGAUGCAAUACAUUAAAUGUUGUGUUUAAAUAAACAUUUCUGUGAUGUAACUACGACCAUGGUGUGAGGGAGAAUAGCUCUGAUUUGAUCUUUUAUGCAAAAGUGGGUGUCUGGAGGGCACGGUGGCAAGGCAGGGAAGAGAGGUACAAUCAAUGCUGACAGCAGUCUUUUGUGUCAUGUGAUCCCUUUUUGUCAUCGGUGUGGCCAACAUCAACUCAGUGUAUAAAUAGGCAGCAGUGGUGCUCCAUAAUGUAAAUGUUAGAGAAGACGCAUCUGCAUCCAUUCAUUUGCUACACAGAGUUAGCAUAGCUGCUCGCUGUGUCCCCAAUGAUCACAUCAUUCUUUAUGUCACUGGGAUUGUGUCCAUGAUCCAGUGCUCAUGACAGGGACUUGAAUAGGGGCGGGCGUGAGUGAUGUAUUGACUUCAGAACGGCUUGUACAGACAACAACGGUGAAUAUUAUUCAAAGGAAUUUCUCUGUUCUAUGAAUAUGAUUAUGGGGAGAUUGGCUAAAUUAUAUAACUGCCCCGUUUACUCGUCUCAGAAGAAGGGUUUGCAGCAGAGGCUGUGUUGGAUUCUAGCUGAAGCUGUGUGCAGAUGUGUCGAAGUGUUCCUGCUCAUCCGCUGUGUUUUGUUGCUGCGCCCCUCCCUGACCCUCUUCUUCAUGUAAAUAGAUUCACGUGGUUUGAGUUCAGAGUGGAUUGUGUUGUAUUGACAAGCUUGCAAAAAUGAAAAAUGAAAAAAAUGUCAAAAUGUUCAGCUUUUUGUGUGUGCCUGCUUGUGAAUGAAUGUGUCACUUUAUUACAAAGCAAUAUUCUGUACAAAGAAGCAUCUUUUUCAGUGUUCAUGAGAUUACAGGCAGUCAAACUCAGAUAGAUCCGUAUGUCACCGUGUGGAGUACAUCUUUGUCCAUCUCUAUUUCUUUCAUGAUCAUAUCCGAACAGGCUGAGUCACCUUCCGUUGUAACAAUGACUGCACAACAUCAAACCGUUUGGCCACCAGUGAAGUGAAAAGCUCUUAACUGUCUCUAACAGCUGUACUCCCCAUAUGUAUUGUAAACUACCCACUCUGCAGGGUCUCAGUGAUACUCAUUUAAUGGUGCUGUGUGCUUUAAUCUCAUGUGUUUAAACGACGGAGGUCUCGGCUUCACUCACACUCCCCGUGGUUAGAAAUGCUUCGCCACAACUGCGUAAAUGUUGGCCGACUGAGGGAGAGAGCUUGUACCAGAGAGGCCAUGCUCUGUGUGUUUAGCUCUCCCUGACAGGCUCCUCUCCUGCCUCCCAUCUGCUGUGGGGUCAGAGGUCAGUCAGUGGUCCAGUUUUGGUUUUCUGUGUCCUGUAGGCCCCAGCUAUGCCCACUAACUCAAUCAUUCAAAUUCUUUCAAAAUGUGAGUCAAAUGAGAUAACACGCUCAGCAUUUCUUUUGACCUGGUUUACAUCCUUUUUUAAACUUUGUUUUCUAAUGUGAGGAAAAAAAGACAAUAUUUACUGAAAUAAAAAAAAAAGAACAUGUUAUGCAGUAGUUCAUGUACUGUUAUUACAAUAGGGGAAAUGGUGUCAAAAUGUUAAAUUGUGAAAAAAAAAUAUCAAACUGUUGUGGAAAUAAUUCAAAUGAUAAAUGAAUAAAUGAAAUAAACUGUGUUGUUACGACGA